CCCCCCGCCCCCCUCCCUCUUUCCUCCAGAGUCACGUGACACCAGCGGCAGGCGCUGCAAACGGCUCCUCAUCAUCAUCAUCACCACCAUCAUCUUCAUCACUUACCGCCGCCACCACCGCCACCGCCGCAGCGGCAGCGUAGAGCCACGACCGAGCCACCGGACCGGACCGGACCGGACCGGGGGGGGGUCUUCACAGAUUCGAGGAGCCGGACGCCAUGGCGGGCCCCCGUUAGGAUCGGACCCAGAUUUAUCCUCUUUGUUCUUCUCCCUCGACGCCGCGUCGUCUUUCCGCUUCUCCACCGAGGAGGGGCCGAGGAGAAGCGCUCCGUGCCGGACCGGAGGAGGAGGAGGAGGAGGAGAAGGAGGUUAGGAGGAGUCGCUACGGUUUAACCGGAGGAGGAGGAGGAGGAGGAGGAGGCGGCGGCGGCGGCGGAGGAGGAGGUGAUUUCUACCGUACUAGCGGAAUGGCGGACCGUGAGGCGUCGCCGAUCCCGUUGGAGAUCCGAGCCCGGCUUGCGGAGCUGGAGCUGGAGCUGUCAGAGGGGGACAUCACUCAGAAGGGUUAUGAGAAGAAGAGGUCCAAGCUGAUCAGGGCAUAUGUUCCACAUGCUGGAGGUAUGGAGGGACCCAUGUCUCACCGGGCCCCGCUCGGGCCUCCCGCUGCUGCUCGAUUCCACCGGCGGAGGACGUCCGGCACACGAGAUGAGCGCUACCGCUCAGACGUCCACACUGAGGCGGUUCAGGCCGUGUUGGCGCGACACGUGGAGAGGAAGGUGGCCGUGCCCAUGCCCUCCAAGAGACGGUCCCUGGUGGUCCAGACCUCCAUGGACGCAUACACACCUCCAGGCCUGUCCCCACUGUGCUCAGACUCGUCGUCGGGCUCGGAGGAGGAGGCGGGGCCGGGCGACGACAUGUCCGCGAUGGACCACUGGAUGAGUCGCCCCGCCCAGUUAGGCCCCGCCCACCUGGGCUCCACCUCCUCCUCCUCCUCGUCCACGCAGAGCGGAGGCAGCGGGAACGCGGGGCGCCUGGCCGACUCGCUGGCGCACUCGCACAUCUCGCACCUGGCACACCUGGCGCACACUCACCUGGGCCAGUCGCACCACCAGCAGAGCCACCUGUCACAGCCUCACCACGGUAUCGGCCACCUGUCUCUGAAGAGGAAGGGAGCUCUGAGCGUGGCGGAGAACGGAGGAUCUCUACGGAGAUCCUGUGAGUUUGGAUCGGACAUGCUGUGGCCGCCGCCUCUGGAGUCUGAUGAGAACCACUCGGCCCCCCCGGAUGUGACGGGAUACUCGUCGGACUCGUCCCACUCCCACACCGAGCGCCACCACAUGGCCAACAUGGGAACGAUCGCCAGGAACACGCAGAAGUACGGCAACGCGGAGCGGAUGGAGACCGGUGAUGGUGUCCCAGUCAGCAGUCGUGUGUCGGCGAAGAUCCAGCAGCUCGUCAACACGCUGAAGCAGCCUCGCAGGCCUCCUCUACGCGAGUUCUUUGUCGACGACUUUGAUGAGCUUCUCGAGGUCCAACAGCCAGACCCCAAUCAGCCACGGCCAGAGGGAGCCGAGAUGAUGCCGGUGAGGGGAGAGGCGCUGGGGGUGGUCACCAACUGGCCCCCGUCCCUGGAGGCCGCACUGCAACGCUGGGGAACCAUCUCCCCCAAAGCCCCCUGCCUCACCAGCCUGGACACGGCGGGGAAACCCCUCUAUGUGCUCACAUACGGGAAGCUGUGGUCUCGCAGCAUCAAGCUCGCCUACAACAUCCUCCACAAACUGGGCAGCAAGCAGGAGCCCAUGGUGCGACCAGGCGAUCGAGUGGCAUUGGUGUUUCCAAACAACGACCCAGUGGCCUUCAUGGUGGCCUUCUACGGCUGCCUGCUGGCUGAGGUGGUUCCUGUUCCCAUAGAGGUGCCGCUAAGUCGCAAGGAUGCAGGCAGCCAGCAGAUUGGGUUCCUGUUGGGCAGCUGUGGCGUUACCGUGGCGCUGACCAGCGACGCCUGCCACAAGGGUCUCCCCAAGAGCGCAACAGGAGAGAUCCCACAGUUCAAAGGUUGGCCCAAGCUGCUGUGGUUCGUAACGGAGUCGAAGCACCUUUCCAAACCUCCCAGAGACUGGUUCCCUCACAUCAAGGAUGCAAACAACGACACUGCUUACAUAGAGUAUAAAACCUGUAAGGACGGCAGCGUGCUGGGAGUCACGGUGACGAGGAUCGCUCUGCUCACACACUGCCAGGCUCUCACCCAGUCCUGCAGCUACACCGAGGCGGAGACCAUAGUGAACGUGCUGGACUUCAAGAAGGACGUGGGACUGUGGCACGGCAUCCUGACGAGCGUGAUGAACAUGAUGCACGUGAUCAGCGUGCCGUACUCGCUGAUGAAGGUCAACCCUCUGUCGUGGAUCCAGAAGGUCUGCCAGUACAAAGCCAAGGUGGCGUGCGUCAAGUCCAGAGACAUGCACUGGGCUCUGGUGGCCCACAAAGACCAGAAGGACAUAAACCUGAGCUCGCUGAGGAUGCUGCUGGUGGCCGACGGCUCAAACCCCUGGUCCAUUUCCUCCUGCGACGCCUUCCUCAACGUCUUUCAGACCAAAGGACUGAGAGCCGACGUCAUCUGCCCCUGCGCCAGCUCCCCUGAAGCCCUGACUGUGGCCAUCAGGAGGCCGGUGGAGGACAGCAGCCAGCCGCCGGGUCGAGGCGUCCUGUCCAUGCAGGGUCUGAGCUACGGAGUCGUCCGGGUGGACACGGAGGAACGUCUGUCGGUUCUCACCGUCCAGGACGUGGGCACAGUCACACCAGGAGGCCUGGUGUGCGUGGUGAAGCCGGACGGCGUCCCUCAGCUCUGUCAGACGGAUGAGAUCGGUGAACUCUGCGUCUGCUCCAUCGCCACCGGCAUGUCGUACUACGGCCUGACGGGCAUGACCAAGAACACGUUCGAGGUCUACCCGGUGAGCGCCAGCGGGGGGCUGAUCAGCGAGUACGCCUUCGUGCGGACCGGCCUGCUGGGCUUCGUCGGGCCCGGGGGCCUCGUCUUCAUCACGGGGAAGAUGGACGGCCUCAUCAUGGUGAGCGGGCGGAGGCACAACGCCGACGACAUCGUGGCCACGGCGCUGGCGGUGGAGCCGAUGAAGUUCGUCUACAGGGGCAGGAUAGCGGUUUUCUCCGUGACUGUGCUGAGGGACGAGAGGAUCGUGGUGGUGGCGGAGCAGAGACCAGACUCCACGGAGGAGGACAGCUUCCAGUGGAUGAGCCGCGUCCUGCAGGCCAUAGACAGCAUCCACGGGGUGGGUGUCUUCUGUCUGGCUCUGGUCCCGGCCAACACGCUCCCCAAGACUCCUCUGGGGGGCAUCCACCUGUCGGAGAUCAAGCAGCUGUACCUGGAGGGGGGGCUGCACCCCUGCAACGUCCUCAUGUGCCCCCACACCUGCGUCACCAACCUGCCCAAACCACGGCAGAAACAGCCAGAGAUCGGUCCUGCCUCUGUGAUGGUGGGGAAUCUGGUGUCAGGGAAGAGGAUCGCUCAGGCCAGCGGCAGAGACCUGGGACAGACCGACGACAACGAUCAGUUCCUGUUCCUGUCUGAGGUUUUGCAGUGGAGAGCGCAGACCACACCUGACCACGUCCUCUACACACUGCUCAGCUCCCGGGGGGCGGUGUCCAGCUCUCUCACCUGUCUGCAGCUGCAUAAGAGGGCCGAGCGAGUGGCGGCUCUUCUGAUGGAGCGAGGAGGUCUGCAGGAGGGGGACCACGUGGCUCUGGUUUACCCCCCAGGUAUAGACCUGAUCGCUGCCUUCUACGGCAGCCUGUACGCCGGCUGCGUUCCCAUCACGGUGCGGCCGCCUCACCCCCAGAACAUCUCCACCACCCUGCCCACCGUCAAGAUGAUUGUCGAGGUCAGCCACUCGGCCUGCGUCAUGACCACGGCUGUCAUCUGUAAGCUGCUGCGCUCCAAGGAGGCCACGGCCACCGUGGACAUCAGGAACUGGCCUCCGGUCCUGGACACGGAUGACCUGCCAAAGAAGAAGCCUCCAGCUCUGUAUAAGCCCACCAACCCUGACGGCCUGGCCUAUCUGGACUUCAGCGUGUCCACGACCGGCAUGUUGGCCGGAGUUCAGAUGUCCCAUAAUGCAGUGGGGGCCUUCUGUCGGUCGGUGAAGCUGCAGUGUGAGCUGUACCCGUCCAGGGAAGUGGCCAUCUGUCUGGAUCCGUACUGCGGCCUCGGCUUCGUCCUCUGGUGUCUCUGCAGUGUGUACUCGGGCCACCAGUCCAUCCUGAUCCCCCCGGUGGAGCUGGAGUCCAACCCGGCUCUGUGGCUGCUGGCCGUGAGCCAGCUGAGGGUGCGAGACACCUUCUGCUCCUACAGCGUCAUGGAGCUCUGCACCAAAGGCCUCGGCCUCCAGACCGAGGCGCUCAAGGCUCGAGGUCUGGAUCUGUCCCGGGUCCGGGCCUGCGUGGUGGUGGCGGAGGAGAGGCCCCGGAUGUCGCUCACGCACUCCUUCUCCAAGCUCUUCAAAGACCUCGGCCUCCACCCGCGCUCCGUCAGCACGGCCUUCGGCUGCAGGGUCAACCUGGCUAUUUGCCUGCAGGGAACCUCUGGACCAGACCCCACCACCGUGUACGUGGACAUGCGAGCGCUGCGUCACGACAGGGUUCGGUUGGUGGAGAGAGGUUCUCCUCACAGUCUGCCCUUAAUGGAGUCCGGGAAGAUCUUGCCUGGAGUUCGUAUCAUCAUCGCCAACCCAGAAACCAAGGGGCCGCUGGGAGACUCGCAUCUCGGAGAGAUCUGGGUCCACAGCGCUCACAACGGCAGCGGCUACUACAGCGGUUACGGCGAGGAGGUCCUGCAGUCGGACCACUUCAACUCCAGGCUCAGCUUCGGAGACACCCAGACGGUCUGGGCCCGGACCGGCUACCUGGGCUUCCUCCGCCGCACCGAGCUCACCGACGCCAACGGAGAGAGACACGACGCCCUGUUCGUGGUGGGGGCUCUGGAGGAGGCCAUGGAGCUGCGGGGGAUGAGGUACCACCCCAUCGACAUCGAGACGUCCGUCAUCCGCGCACACAAGAGCAUCAUGGAGUGCGCGGUCUUCCCCUGGACCAACCUGCUGGUGGUGGUGGUGGAGCUGGAGGGCUCCGAGCAGGAGGCCCUGGACCUGGUUCCCAUGGUGACCAAGGCGGUGCUGGAGGAGCACUACCUGAUCGUGGGCGUCGUCGUGGUGACGGACAUCGGCGUCAUCCCCAUCAACUCGCGCGGCGAGAAACAGCGCAUGCACCUCCGCGACGGCUUCCUGCAAGACCAGCUGGACCCCAUCUACGUGGCCUACAACAUGUAGCCUGAGUGAGUGUGUGUGCGUGCGUGCGUGUGUGUGUGUGUGUGUGUGUGUGUGUGUGUAGGAGGGGGGAGGAGAGAGAGCGAGCAUGGACGCCGUGCAUAUCGCCGUUGUUGUUCCUUCAUUUCCCCCCAAAAAUCAAGAUGUACUGUAUUUUUGAACCUGCAUAUGGUGAAGUCUUAAGUCGUCCGUUUUCUUUAAAGUCGUGUUGUGCCGGUUGGUUGGUUGAUUGAUUGAUUGACUGAUUGAUUGAUUGAUUGCUCAGUGGUGUUGCGACCAUUUUUACACCCCCCACUUAAAUCUCAUGACGCUGCCGGGGGCUCGUCCCUGCAGAAAGACUUUUGGGAACACUGUGCCGGCUCCAUCCAGUCGGAGGCUUCAGGAGGUCAGAGGAGAAACUAGAGGCCGCGCGUCUGUCGUCACGUUGUCGUUUCUGGUCGAUUCAAAAAAAAAAAAAACCCCCGUGAAAGACGUGUGGUGUUAUUUGGACUAGAGGAGGAGGGGGAAGGGGGGGAGGGGGGGGCGCCAGGUUACUGUAAAAAUAUAAAUACUGUACAUAGACAUAAUAAUCUAUAUGGAGAGGUACCUAAAACACGAUGAGGUGUAGUAGCCCCCUAUAUGCAGCUCUCUCCACCCGCACCCUGUGUGUGUGUGUGUGUGUGUGUGUGUGUGUGUGUGUGUGUGUGUGUGUGUGUGUGUUUGUGUCUCCGUCUGCUCAUCCGUCUGUGUUCAAGUGCAACGGGGACGACGUUCGGUGCGGUUUUAACCUGUGAAUCAAUCAAAGACGAGACAUUUUAAACUGCACGGAAGAAAAUAAAAAAAAGUGUCUGAACUCCCACUGGGAACAAAGCGGACGGGUCUCCUGGAGGAGGGAGGGUGGACGGGGUGGGGACGGGGGGCAGCUUUCUUUUUCCAUCGUAGCUUCAAAAAAAACAAAACAAACAAAACAAAAAAAAGAAAACACCCAAAGCCUCUCAUCAAGUGCACUGUGUGAAUAUAACAGAGAUGUAUUAUUUAAAGGGACGCACCAGAGGGAACGACUGGAAACUGUUUUUAACAUCGGACCAGAGUCUGAGACAAAAAAGACGCAACUGCAGCAACAUGUGGAGACGAAGGGACGUCUUUAGAAAAGCUCCCACUGCAGCAAUAAUCCCUGAAGGAUGUUCUUUACCGCACAGAUUCACCUUCGGCUCCUCACACAUCUUUUUAAACUCUUUUUUUUUGGUAUUUCUUUAACCCUUUAACAUUCCUCUGGGUCUUAUAAGGGGCAGUAGUAGCUUUCUGAACCAAUCAGCUCUGUACACGAGUUGUGUUCAUUUUCUUCUGAUUUCAUUCAGGUGAACCCAACGACUUCUUAUUUUAUAAAUGUGUUACUUUGAUUCCUCAAAAACAAAACCACUUAGACAGAUUCUGACUUUUUUGUUAGAAACUUCAGAGCCUUGUUUUUCAAAAGAGACCAAGACCACGAACGAGCUUCAAAAUGUUCAUGAGCAGCAUUUAAUUUACUUUGGCUGUGUCCUAAAAUAGGUGGAGUCUGGCGCCAUCUAGUGGACUGGAAACACACACACAUUUCCUCCUUAGGUAAAUGUUCAGUUUGAUGUUGAAAGGUGGUUUUAUUUAACCUGUUAUUUAACCUGGACCACUGACUGCAUUGCCAAAAUAUUAGGAACAUGUGUGAGUCUUCGUCCAAGCCACAGCUUAAUACCAGGACCUUCACAAAAACAUCACGAUGUGAAAAAGUCUCCUGACAAAAACUACACCGGCCUAAAACACGUCAUCUUCUUACUUCAAAUUCAAUUAAAAUAAAUUCCCAGGUUUAUGUGUCAGGUGCUUUAUGUUUGUUUGAAGUAGCUCUUUAGAUAAAUGUACCAAAUAAAGAAUUUAAAAAAGAGAGAGACUUUAAACUGAGUUUUACUAACCUUCAACUUUAGCUGCUUUGCAGUAAAACGCGUCCGACUGAGUCACUUUGAUUAAAUAAAAAUGAGAAUUAUCUCCAACCACUGUUUGUUUCUGCUGUGACUCCGGUAAAAAUCGUCCUCUGGUGCGAACCGAGAGUAAAUAAGACUUUAAAUAGAUAAAGAAUAGAGACGUUUAUUAAAAGGUUGAACAGAUGUUUGGGAGCUGGAGAAAAAAAAAAAAAAAAAAAAGCUUUUUAUCCAGAGUUGAUGUUAUUUAACCGAGAGGUUCAUGAGGCUUCCUGGAGUCCCGGGCGUCACGUCACCUCGUCUUCUUCUUCUUCUUCAUCCUCAUCUUCGUCUGCUGCUUCUUCAUCUUCUUCUUCUUCUUCUUCUUCUUCGUUCUCUCAUUGUGUUUGUUCAGAGGAGAAAAACAACCUUUAUGCAUAUCAGACGUUGCUUAGCGCUUGUUUGGCUCAUUUAGCAGUUUGGGUUUGUUGGUAGCAGCGUAGCGGUCAUGUUGCAGUCCCUGACACAGAGUGUGUGUCUGUGUGUGUGUGUGUCUGUGCGUGUGUGUGUGUGUGUGUGUUUGGAGGAUGCUGAUCAAGAAGGAAAUCCCAUCAGGAACUCGGAAGGACUCGUCUGUGGGUGGGGGCUGGAUGGGGGAGGGAGGGGGGGAAGGGGGGAGGGAGAGAGACUGCAUGGAGUGUGUGUGUCUGAGUGUGUGUAUAUUGUAUGUAAAUAGUGUUGAUUUUGUACGGUUACAAGUGUGUGUGAAUUGUUUUGUACACAUGAUGAUGAUGAUAAAAAAAAAAAGAUUAAAUGACACUUUUAUAAGAGCCUGCUCCUGGCUCACGUCACACUAUACAGUGCAAUAAAGUGCUUUGAUUGGCUAAAACUCA